GGGAGGAGUUGGAGGACCGGAAGGAUUCUGGUCCUCCAGCCAAUCAGAGCGCGGGCUUUGUGCGAAUGCCGAUUGAGCUUCACACAGACUAAAACUUCCUCCUGUGUUCAACGUCUGUUAUCAGAAGAGGAGAAUUUGCAGACAGAAAUCUCAAAACCAAACGUCGCUUCAGGAUCUCAGAGUCAUUUGAUUCAUUGAACCUGAAUAUUAUCAGCCUUUGAAUCUAGAAGGAGAGAUGUUUCUCUGUCCUACCUGCUUGUGGAGAUUUUAAACAUCUGUCUGACCAAGAUAGCACCAAGACCCCCACACCUGACUGAGAGUAUUCCAGUGCAAUGAAUGUGGAAAGAGCUUUCACCAGUUACUCAGUCUAGUAAAACAUUUGACCAUUCACAUACGUAUGCAUAUGUCCUGUGUGUGGAGGAAACUUCAACUGAUCGUCGAACCUUGAAAGACACAAGGACACCCGCACCAUGGAGAAACCUUGGAAAUGUGGGGACUGUGGGAAGGGAUUCAGAUCCCCAUCUGAAUUGGAAACACAUCGACGCAGUCACACUGGGGAGAGGCCAUUCACCUGCACUGUGUGUGGGAAAGGAUUCACUCAUUCAUCCAACCUGCGGACACAUCAGCGAGUUCAUACUGGGAAAAGGCCGUUCACCUGCUCCGACUGUGGUAAGGGAUUCACUCAGUUAUCUCACCUGCUGACACACCAGCGAGUUCACACCAGGGAGAGGCCGUUCACCUGCUCUGAGUGUGGGAAGAGAUUCAGUGAUUCAUCCAACCUACGAACACAUCAACGAGUUCACUCUGGGAAAAGGCCGUUCACUUGCCCCGAGUGUGAAAAGGGAUUUACUCAGUUAUCCCACCUGCUGACACACCAGCGAGUUCACACCGGGGAGAGACCAUUCACCUGUUCUGAGUGUGGGAAACGAUUCAGUGAAUCAUCCAACCUGCUGACUCACCAGCGAGUUCACACCGGGGAGAGACCAUUUAUCUGCGCUGAGUGUGGGAAGGGAUUCACUCAUCUAUCCACGCUGCUGACUCACCAGCGAGUUCACACUGGGGAAAAGCCGUUCACCUGCUCUGAAUGUGGGAAGGGAUUCAGUCAAAUAUCCAACCUGCGGACACACCAGAGAGUUCAUACUGGGGAGAGACUGUUCAUCUGUUCUGAGCGUGGGAGUGGAUUCACUGUUUAAUCUGCCCUGCUGAGGCAGCAGAGAGUUCAAAUUGAGGAGAGACCGUUCACCUGCUCCGAGUGUGGGAGAUUCACUCAGUCAUCAAAUCUGCUGAUACACCAGAGAGUUCACAAGUGAUUACCGGGGUUGGAUUCUGCUGUUAUUGCUGCUGUUAAUCACAUCCAGGACUGAACCAUGUUCAUUCUGACACUUGGUGAAGUGGGAGGGUCGGAAGGUUUCUUUCUGCUGGACUGGCCGGUCUCACGACUUUGCUUCCAGUGGCUGAUGCUCUUUGAGCCUGGGAGUGCACAUUUCCACUGAAAUGAUCUGCAAAAGCUGAUGGAAUACAUUUAUUUUAUUCUGGAUAGUAAAUAGUCAUUUGGUAGUAUAGAACUUGAGUGUUGCUGAGAAAAGAGACAUGUCAAAGCUUUUCACCUUGCACUCAUCAGGACACUUCGCAAGAAUACCAAUAUAAGCAGAAAACAACAAUUUAUACUGUGUGAGAAGAGAGUGCUGAUUGGUUGGCAAGCGGACUCUGAUUGGUAGCGAUAUUACCAAGGACAAUACACCAAUUGAUGGUGACUGACAGUUGUUAUUUUCCCCUCACAUUGGUUUUCUUGUGAAAUGUCCUGAUGAUGCCAAAUUAAAAGCUUGGACAGUAUAUUAUGUUUUUCCCACCACUACAGGCAGAUCUAAAAUGAAUACAGACAGUGCUAGAGAAACCCGGCUGCUCUAAAAGUAUCUGUGAAGAGAAAGAAACAGAAUUAAUGUUUCGAUUCCAACAUAACUCUUCUUCAGAAGUAAAGAGAGGGAGGAAUGUGAUGGGUUUGAUGGUGUUGAGAAAGCAGGGAGUGUCCAGUGGAGCACAAGGCAUGUCAGGGAUUGGUUAGAGGGCAGGCGAGAUUAAAUGACCAAAAUAAGCAACAAAAGACAAAAGGAGAGGUAAUGGUUGUAUUAAAGAAACAAAGUAUUGGUACAGGGUAAGUGUUAAUGGCAGAAUAAGGAACAGCUCUGUCUGAAAGCAAAAUUCAUGGAAACAAAAUGCAGACUAGCACUUGGUAGAGAAACACAGUGUUUCCUGUCAACGCAAGAUGGCCACAUAAGAUCGCCACUGAUACCCGUCUGCACAUGUGCACUUGUUCGUGUGAGCGCGCAACACCAAUGACGUCAUUGGCCGGAUGCAUCUGGAGUAAACGCUGUCCGGUUAAAAGCAUUGGAAAGUAAAACCACACAUUUCCGUGGUUAUUGUUAACAAAACUACGUUCGUUACAGAUUGUGUAAGAGAAAACAGUGGAUUGUACUUGACUCUAUGUUAAAAAAACUUAGUGCAGAGAACAGUAAAAUGUUUCAAGUAUCGAUGAGCGAGCUGCCAGGAUUUGUAUAUAAUAGAACUGAAAAUACGCCAUGGAAAAAGAUAAGGCUAAAGGAAGAGACCGAGGGGAAAAUGGGUAUUAGAUUUUGUUCUCAAUGAAAUAGCCCUUUCUGGGUGCAAAAUCCACUCUCUAGCAUUGUUAAUUGGUUUAAAAACAGGGAGAAACGAACUGGAGAGGAUGAGUAUCACACUGAGGCUGGGGGAAUGAUUAGAGUUCUGAUCUCCGUCACUCACAAUGAUGUCACUGCGUGAAGCAGUACAACUGAGCACGCCCCACAUUGGCAGCAAACGCAGCCGCAAAAAAUAGUGCCAAAUGGAGGACAGAGUUGCUGGUCUGAAGUUGUUGAACUCAAUGUUGAGUCCAGAAGGCUGUAAAGUGCCUCAUCGGAGGAUGAGGUGCUGCUCUUCCAGCUUGUGUUGGGCUUCUCGGGAACAUUGCAGCAGGCCGAGGACAGAAAUGUGAGCAUGAGAGCAACGUGGUGAAUUAUAAUGGCAGCAACUGGAAGGUUAGGGUCAUGCUUGUGGACUGAGUGGAGAUGUUCCACAAAGAGGGCAGCAAACAGGGAACAGAUGAAUUGAAGAGAAAGCAUUUCUGUUCAGAAUAUUGUGCACAUCAUUUUACUCUGGUUGGCUUUCAUCCUCAAGUAAUUUUCUGUUUUUUUAACCAUGUUCUGUUUCAUUAAUAAACUUUUAUCAGUAAAAA